AUGUCAUCAUCAUCACCUUUUCAAGGCACUGCAAACAGAGAAGCAGAUGAUGUAGAAGAAGAGUUUCAAACUCUAGAGUCUGAUCAAAGAGGCAAACGAAAACAACCACCUGGAGAGAGUCAGGAACAGAGUAAAACAGCACGCGUACUAGCCCCAAGAUCCGACGUAUGGUCUCAUUUCAAAAGAGUUGAAGAAAACCGUGACAAAUGCUUGACGCAGAGAGCAUUUGAGCUUAAGGUAGAUUCUGGUAGGAUGAAAAGAGGAAGUUUGCCACUUGAUGUUGUGACUAGGUGGAACUCAACUUACUUGAUGUUGCAAAGAGCACUUAUUUACAAGACUGCAUUUGAUAAGAUGGGUUUUGAGGACAAACCGUACAAUGAUCAUUUCAUGGAGUUAGACAAGGGGAAAAAAAGACUCGGACCUCCUGUAAGUGAAGAUUGGCGUGCUGUUGGAAGGUUAGAGAGGUUUCUUAUUAUCUUUUAUAACUCAACCUUAGUAGUCUCAGCAUCUACCACCCUUUGUGCCCACAAGUGCUAUGGUGAGAUAGUGAACAUAGCAUCCAAUUUGAAGUUGCUUUGCAAUAGUUAUGAUACUGAUUUGAAAGUUAAGGCUGAGGAUAUGCUGAUGAAGUUUGAUAAGUAUUGGGAUGGGUUGAAGAACAUUAACAAGAUUUUAGUGGUGGCAAGCGUCUUUGAUCCUAGCAGAAAGAUGAAGUUUGCAAAGUUGUGCUUUGAGGAUCUUUACGGGGAAGACAGUAUGGAGUCCAAAGAGUUAAAUGAUUCAGUUCUUAGUAUUCUAACUGAUUUGUUCAAGGAGUAUAGUGAAAGAAAUGGUAAACAAGCUGAAGCAAAUGUGCAAUCAUCUCAGUCUACUCAGUCUACUCAGUCUUCACAAUCUCAAGAACAGCCAACAAUAGACUUGCUUGAUGAUGAACUCGGCUACCACAGGAUUGAGAAAAAGUACAGCACACUGCUAAAGGAGAGUGGAGUGAGAGACAUCAACGAGUUGGAAGCUUACCUAAAGGCUGAUGUUGAGAAUUCAGAUUCAAUGCUAGGAACUGACUAUGAUGUUCUCUCUUGGUGGAAAGUUAACUCUGGCAAGUACCCUAUUCUAUCACAGAUAGCUCGUGAUCUUUUUGCUAUGCAAGUCUCCUCGGUUGCUUCUGAAAGUGCAUUCAGCACGAGUGGGAGGUUAAUAGAUCCACAUAGGAGUUGUUUAACUCACUAUAUGGUUGAAGUUCUCAUGUGUACAGAACAGUGGAUGAAACAAGACAUCAGACUUGAAUCAAAGGUACUCACCAAUGCUCAGAUACUUGGAGAUGUUGAGUACGAAGAAAAGAUGGAGAGAGGUUUGUAA